AUGAAUGGGCGCAAUGCUCCGCUGUCCCCGGUCUCUCUAGGCGGAAGCGAGUCUUGGUCAUAUCCCGUCGACAAGGACGGCCAAUACCAAAACAAUCGGGGCCAGCUCAACACACCGCCCGACUCCGCAGGAUCAAUCAGGGCUAUGAAUGGGGGCUUCCCUCCGGGGCCCAAGAGCGUCGGCGGGCCCUCUCCGCCUCCGUCCGUCGGCCGGUCCAGCGCCGGCACCAACCUGUACGCGAGGAGCGAGAGCGGAAGGAGCCAGAGCCAGCAGGCCGAAAACCAAGAACUCAUUCUCGCCGAGCACUAUGUCUCCCUCAAGCGCUUUCUAUCAGCUACGUCGCGCGAUGGCAACCCGAAACCCGCGCUCAACAAGGCUCGCGACAAGCUGCAGCGCCUUACUGGGGUUCAGUUCCUCGAGCUCAGCACCGAUGUCUACGACGAGCUGAAGCGGCGCGAACUCGCAAGCCGAAAACAAUCCAAUCCACCCCCCGAAUACCUCCUCCCGGAGGAGAAUUUUCACCCAAAACGGAAUCAGGCACGACAAAAGCUCUCCUCCCUAGGACCCCCUCGGUUUCGCGAUCUCGCCACGGAUGUCUUCUGCGAAUUGGAGCGCCGGUACCCGCGCUUCGCCGCCGGCGAUCUUCCGCGCGUCGAAAGCCCCACGUCGGUGCGGGGGCCUCCCAGUCGGUCACAGACACCCGUCAACGGCAUGAAUGGCAAUAUGAAUGGCAACAGCAUGAAUGGAUACCCUCCUCCUAGGUUACAAAAUCGUAGGCGUCCUUCCGAGGCGAGCUCGAUACGGAGCGGUCGUGGGGCCCCAACGCCCAUUAAUGGUGGGUUUGGUGUGCCCCCGUCGCCGGGACUACCAAAUGGCGACUACGAAAGGCCGAUGGCAAAACAGUUUCAGAGCAAUACCAUUGUCCCCAAUAAGAGUACUAUGGUGGAGGAGGAUGAUGACAACCUCAGCCCUAUGACUCCGGACAAUAUGGGCGACGAGAGAUAUGGAAUGGCGAACGUACCACAAGAGAGGGCGAUGAACCGAAUGGCCGGACCCUCAGAGGCCGACCAGAAACUCAAGGCAGACUACGAGACGCAAGUUAGGGACCUGCGAGAGAAAGUCGAUGCAUUGGAAGACGCGUUAAGGAAGAAAGACGAACAACUAAGCAGCGUCAUGGAUGGCGAACGCUCAAGAGUAACUGCGGCAACUUCAGAGAAAAAGGGCUGGGAUGCCGCUCGCCUUGCUCUUGAGAACAAACUUACCGAGGCGAAGGAACUCAACAAUUCAUUACAACGGGCUCUGGACCAGAUUAGGGACGAGCACGAGAACGAAAUACAGCAGCUUACUGACCAACUCGAAGAAGCUCGCCAAUCAAGCCGCAAUAAGAAACCGAAUGGCGCGGCGAGCGCGGAGCUGGAGAGAGAAAACCAAGAACUACGCUUGGCUUUGCGAGACCAGCAAGAUGUGACGGAGGAAGUCCGGCGCGAGGCACAAGAGUUUCUUCGCGAAAUGCGGUUGCUCUCGCAGCAGAGCGGAGCUACCUGGGAAAGACAAACCGACUUGGAAAAAACAAUCGAGAGUCUCGAAAAGGAAGUGCGCGACUGGCGGAAUCGCUAUGCACGCACAAAGACACAACUACGGAAUAUGCGAGCAUCGUCAUUAGGUCUGACAAUCGACCAAGAUGCUGGCAAGUACAUACGGGAGAAGGGGUUUACCCAAGAAAACGGCCUGGUGAGGGAUGUCCAUGUCACCAAGUUCCAGAUUGCCAUAGACGAGCUUCUCCAACGGGGCCGUGGCGAUAACCCGGAGCGGGUGAUGGACUCGAUGAAGGCAGUUGUGGUCAGUGUCCGCCGGAUUACGCAGGACAUUGAUGAAUCCGCGCCGAAUAGCGAGGACGUGCUCCAGGAGCAGGCGAAGCUCAAGUCGCGGGUAUCAUCAACCGCCAACAACCUCAUUACGGCAUCCAAGAACUUUGCCAACUCGGCCGGCAUAUCACCCGUAUCGCUCCUCGACGCGGCUGCGUCCCAUCUCGUGGCAGCCGUUGUGGAACUACUGCGGACUGUCAAGAUUCGCUCAACCCCGGCGGGAGAGCUCGAGGAUGACGAUGACGGAACAAUUACUCCAGUGGACUCGACCGGCUUCUUCUCUCCACAAAGCAACGCGCAAAGCCAAGUGACGAGUGCGACAUCAAUCCCGGGCUCCCUUCCGCCCCCUCCACCGUUCCAGGGGCUAGGUGGUAGCAACCGGGACAGCGCAGACUCGUCCGCAUAUAGUCCCGUCAACUCGCCACGCGAAUCAUUCGCGUCUAGACCGGCCGCCUCUCGCGCGGCUCCUAACGGCAACGGCAAUGCCAAUGGCGCGGGAAAUGGCAGAGGCAACAACGGUAGCGUCAGCAGCAGAACAAAUGGCAGCAUUAGCAGCAGAACAAACGGGAGUGUCAGCAGCAGAACAAACGGCAAGCCCAAUGGCAAAGUCAACGGCAACGGAAAUGGCUACCCUGCGACUGGCAAAAGCCUACCUCCCGCCCCGAACGGGCUAUAUGGCGGACGCCGAGUGGACACGCGAGCCGAAGACCUGAAGAUCUAUCUCGAAGACCAAACUGCGGUGCUGGUGCAGACGAUACAGAAUCUUGUGCAGCUGAUUCGCAACGACGCCAACAUCAAGCAGGUUUCGGAAGAGAUCAGCUCGAUUUCGGACGUGGUCGGCCAGGUAGUCUCGGAGAUGGAGAAUCUCGGCUCCAGCGGGGCGGAGCUCGUCAGGCGGCUGGCGUCGUGCCGGGAUCGGCUGAUGGAGGCGGGCACGCGAGGCCAGGACCUCGCUGCCGACGGCAAGGGUACCAAGAGCCGCGAGUGGCGCAUGUGGACACAGACGCUGCCGCCCAUUGCGUUUGAGAUUGCGCGAGAGAUCAAGGAGCUGGUGCAGCGUGCCGAUCAACUUUCCCUGAAUAAUGAUGAUGCGGAUGAAUUUGCAUGA